AUGGAGGCCGUAGGCGCCGCCGCAAGCAUCAUUGCAAUCAUCGAACUAGCCGGAAAACUUACUAAACUCUUCGCUCGAUACAUCGGCGACAUCAAAAAUGCGGAGUCAGACCAACUUGCGUUACAUGACCGAAUCCUAGCCAUCGCAAAGCUUGCAGAAGAAGUCAAUAAGCUGAUCCAUGGACCCGAUAAAGAUAAAUUAGGCAGCUUAGGGCAAUUGGAAAAGGCUCUUGCGGAAUGUCAAAAUAUAUUCCAAAAUCUCCAGCAGAAACUUAAGCCGAGGGGUAAGGCUCGUGUUGGAAGGUUUUUUGUACAUUUGAAGUGGCCGUUAGAUAAGAUUGAAAUUGAAAGGGUGGUGGAAAAUCUCAAAAAGUUGGAAGAUACAAUUCACUCAGCGUUGAAGAUCGAUAGUCUGAAAGUAAUUCUGGCUAUUGAUAAUAAGGUCGAUAAAAUAGUCGCCGCAAUCAAACCGAUAUCUGGAUUGUCAAUUGUCGAAGCGGCGGUGUUCGGGUCCUUUGCGGACCAGCACGAGCCAAAGUGCCUUGAGAAUACUAGGGAGCAACUCUUAAAAGAUUUCGAGACGUGGACCAAUACUCAGCGAAGCGACACGAAACCAGUAUUCUGGCUCUCUGGGGCAGCUGGAACUGGGAAAUCGACAAUUUGUAGAACGGUUGCUACUCUCCUCCAAGCCAAGGCGGCAGGGCUAUCUGCACACUGGCCAGAUCUGAUACCCCAUAUUGAGAGCGCAAUAAAAAGAGACCCAGGUAUAUCCACUAAAGCUUUACGCGACCAAUUCGAAUGUCUCAUUUUUAAACCACUUAGUUCGAUAUCGGGAGGGAUUGGUGGCGGUGGGUGCGCGUCUGUAAUUGUAAUCGAUGCGUUGGACGAAUGCGAUAACGACAAUGAUGUUCGCCUUUUGGUGAAUCUGUUCGGAAAACUUGCAGAACUAAAGGACGUGGAUAUUCGAGUUUUCGUCACAAGCCGUCCGGAGACGCCUAUCAGAGUGGGUUUCAAGAAGAUAGAUGGGUCAUACGAAGGUCUAGUCCUACAUGAUAUCGAGCAAAAGAUCAUACAGCACGAUAUUAAAAUAUUUUUCGAGAAACAGUUUGAGAAGAUUGUUGAAGAGCAUGACGAAAUGCUCACAGCAGGAUGGCCGGGGCAGAAUACCAUCCAGCAGCUCGUCGAUUUUUCAUCACCAUUGUUUAUCGUCGCUUCAACAAUCUGUCUAUUAGUGAAUAGUUCUCACUUUGGACCAAAGGAACAGCUGGAAAAAAUUCUAGAAUACCAAUCAAAAACCCAUACAUCAAAACUUGCUAGAAUAUAUCUUCCAGUCUUCGACCAGCUGUUAGCUGAGAAAGACGAGGACGAAAAGAUAUUGAUAAUUGAGAGUGUCAGGCAUCUACUAGGCACCAUCCUAGUGCCAAAGUCAUCGAUUUCACGGCAAGACAUAUCUCAGCUUCUGGACAUUUCCGAAGACGACCUCCUCGUCAGACUCCGGGGAUUUCACUCUGUCCUUUAUAUCCCUAAAGAUGCAGCACAGGCGAUUCGUCCUUACCAUCUAUCUUUCGAAGAGUUUUUAUUGGACCCCCAAACCGAAAAAGUCACACCCUUUUAUAUCGGUGCUGAAAGAGCAAAUAGAAGUCUGAUGAUAUCUUGUCUUUCUUUACUUGAUAAGACCCUUAAAAGGGAUAUCUGUGGGUUUUCCUUGGCAAGCGAUCCCGACAUGUGGCCGCACAAAGCUCGAGAAGAGGUGCUGGGAUAUACUUCACCUGUUACUCGAUACGCUUGUCGAUUUUGGAUAGAGCAUGCAAUAGAGUGUACGCAACUGCACGGGGAUGAUGGUCAAAUUCACCAAUUUCUGGAAAAGCACCUUCUCCAUUGGUUGGAGCUUUUGAGUCUCAUCGAUGAAAAUUUCAUAACGCGUAGUUUGUUAGAGCGGAUAGUGAGACUCUACCGCAUGGUGUCUAGAGUAGAUUCGCCGGUCCUGUCGGAACUUUUGUAUGAGGUCUUUCGAUUCGUGUCGGACAACAUCUGGGCCCUUCAAACGCCCUCGUUAGAGAUUUACACCCGAGCAAUACUAGACACACCUGAAGGAAGUAAGAUACGAAAGUUAUUCCACAAUAAUAUAAGUUGGCUUGCGAGAAUCCCACAAUCGGACACAGAAUGGGACUCGCGAGGAGAUAGACCAGGUUUGCCUCGUGUACACGGGGACUGGUUUCGGGACAAUCUUGAUAUCCAGUGCAUUGAGUUUUCGACGAGCGACAACUAUACGGAGUACUUGCUUUGUGUAUCAAAGAGUGGGACCCUCUGGAUGUUUAGUCUUGACGAAAUGGACGAACCACCACUCAAAUUUGAAGUUGGCCCUGGAUGUAUUGUUUUCGCGACACAGCUUAAAUAUGGCAAAGACACUUUCAUUGCAGUUGGAACUGGUGGUGGUGGAAUACGGAUACUGGAUAGGCGGUCGGAUAAAGUCAUUGGUAUUCUGCACGGGGAUGGUAACUCGAAAUGCCCAAGAGCAGCGUGCUCCCGGAACCUGAAAAAUUCUGCAGCUUAUGGCAGGCAGCUUGCAUCUGCGUCGAACCUGGCGCAUUCCAUUAAGAUUUGGUUCUUUUCUGUCAAAGAAUUUAACGGCGCCUAUGAGCCCCCGGCAUUAGCACACACAAUCAAAGUACCUUCUGAAUGUUUUACAUACAUUUCACUUCAUAGUGAAGGCUAUUACGAAUGUCACCUCAUCGCAGCGUCUAAAAACGCUCUCCUUAGGGUUUGGCGCAUUGACCAGAACCGGGAAAGAUUGGUGGCAGUUGUUCAAAGGGAUUCCGGACCGGCAUCACCAUUAUGUUCCCAGUCCUGCUGCCAUGAGAACCGGGUCACAGACCUAAAAUGUUUCGGUUCUAGGGGCAGCAAAGUUGUUAUGGCGAUUGGAAACAGCAUCGAAUAUCUAGACGAUUUUUCGAAAGUCUCCAAGGGAGAAUCCACAAUUAGGCGAAUUGGCCAGCACAGCGGUAAAAUCAGAGGAAUUACGGUCUCUCAGAUAAACGGUAGAUAUUUGACUUUGUCAGGUGGCACUGACAACUAUCUCAAGCUGUGGAACCUUGCUGAUGGUCUGUUGGAGGCUAGUUAUCCGAUUGGAGACCAGCAUUCAGUUGUAUCGGUCAAAAGUGUUGGGAGGUCGUUUGGGAUGAAAUUGGCCAUGGCAGCCUCGUUGUCUUCUUCUGGUAGAGUUGACCUCUGGGACCUAGGCGCUGCAUUUAGCGCCGUUCAGAAUACUCAGUAUAUGCAGACCAUUGGUUCCAGGGAUGACUUUCUGCGGUUCUCCCCAAAUGGUCGGUUGCUAGUAUCGCUGGAAAUAGUCAGCGGCCAGGUCAAACUUUGGGACAUCGCCGCUCCGGAUAUCCCACGAAUUACCAUAGAAAACGCCCUCACUAAAGCCAGCUCUGUUCAAUUUUCGGCUGAUUCGGAGCAAUUAGCUGUCGCAAUGGAGAACGGGCAUGUCAACAUUUGGAGUACGCCUUCAGGAAAUUUAUUUUACGAAUAUGGGCAGUAUUUAGCAUGGGUUGACCGCCAGGAUACUGAUAAUAUAAUAUUGUAUCACAUUCCGUCGCGAAGCCAGUUCAGUAUACCGCGGGAUGAAGAACUAGCGAAGCCAUGCAGUGUAGUGUGGCUGUUCUUCAUCGACGAUGGACAGAGCCUGGCAUGGGCAGAGCCUGGAUCUCAUCCACCAGCGCGUCGGCUCAACCUUUGCCCAUUGCCGUGGUUCUAUCACAAACGCACAGAAUAG